AUGGCGUACGACGUCCAGAUCUGGGGGAUCGUCGUCGCGUUGGCGCUCAUACCACUCGCGACGCGAACGUACGCAGACUCCCAACUCGGACGAUGCCAUAUCCGACGGAGUGCGGAUGCCGACGGCGGCGCUAAAGCGAUAAGAUUCGCGGUGUACUAUUUGCCGAUUUGGCUGUGCGUAGUUUACAAUUUAGUGUGCUGGUGGGAUAUCGCUCGCGCGAUGAGAGGCGCGCGGGCGCUCGAACGCGCGCUCGGAACCGAUCCUCGAGCGAGAGCCGCUACGACACGGUUGUUAACAUUCGCGCGCAGGCUAGCUCUGUAUCCGGCGGUACAAGUGUGCACAAACGUGCCAGGGACGGUUAUGCGAUUGAUUGAUUUAUUGACGAGCUCACGGUACUCACCGCCGCCGUGGCUGAUGGUUUCCCACGUCGCGGCGAAGACGUCGCAAGGACUUUUGCACGCAAUCGUCUUCGUGUACGCGCAUCCAGCGCGCCGAGAUCUCAUCAUUUCGUUCGCGAGAAGCAUGGGAGUCGCCAGAUUUUUACCCAUGACGUGGGGUGUAGAUUCGACCGGUUUCAGAGCGGCCGACGCGCAGGCUGGAGGUCAGCUCGUCGACGAUGUCGAUUUCGUGAGUGAGGGCGAAGAAGACACGGACGAUGGCUUCGUCGUCUUGUCCAACUCGACGGACGCGGGUGAGGAUCGCGAUGGAGUCAAUCGCAAGCUUAGUGUUGAAGAGGACGAAGACGUCAUGACCCAUGAUUUACGACCAGUGGUGUCUCAGCCAAACAUCGAGAUGUCGGCGAUGUUGAUUGACGACGUGCGCUCGGACGACGCGUAA